AUGGGUCUCAUUUUCUCAUGCAAUCUAUUUGAGAAAUUCAGCUCAGCUAUUCAUUGGAUAGUUGAGAAUAAACUGCAGAUUCCUGGUUGUGCACACAUUUUGGAUGAUUUUUUAUUUGUGUGUCCUCCAUCCUACAACACAGCACAGUCACAUUUGAAACAGUUUCAGGACUUUGCAAAUAACAUUGGGUUACCACUCAAAGAACAAAAGACAGUUCCGCCUUGCACUACAUUAUUUUUUGUAGGCAUAGAGCUAGACUCUACUGCAAUGGAGAAACGUCUUCCGGUUGAUAAGCUUGUAAAGACAAGGUCACUACUGACAGAGUUUCAAAACCGUAGGAAGGCCACACUGCAAGAGUUACAGUCCCUGAUAGGUCUGCUAUCAUACGCCUGUUCAGUGGUUGUCCCAGGGCGUACCUUUUUGCGCCGUCUUAUUGAUCUGACCAUUGGGCUGCGUAAACCCCAUCAUAAAAGGAGGCUUAAUAAAGAUGCAAAGGCAGAUCUCCGGGCUUGGUCUGUGUUUAUUGAUCAAUUUAACGGCAAAUCUUUGUUUUUAUCUGAUAGAUGGGAAGACUCACCAGCACUGUCUUUGUUUACUGAUCCAUCAAAUUCUGGUUUUGGUGGAUAUUUAGGAAAUCUUUGGUUUACUGACUUUUGGCCAGACUAUUGGCAUCAGUUCCAAAUUACAGUAAAGGAACUGUUUCCAAUUGUCCUGGCUUUGGAAUUCUGGUCCGAGACAUUACGAGACAAGUGUAUCAAUUUCUUCACUGACAAUAGGGCAGUUGUUGAUAUCAUUAACAAGCAGUCUUCGCGUGAUAAAUAG